GCAUACAAAGAGCUAGAGAGAAAUAAAGUAACAAUAACAAUAAUCGGUGCGUAUUGGUGCGACCAUGAAGUUUUUAUUCCUUAUUAUACUCCUGCCAUUUGUGGUGUCUCAUUUGGGCACCACCGCGGCCGCGCCCCCGCCCGCCUCACAUAUGACGCGUGUUGUCGAACUCACACCUGAAAACUUUGAUGAAUAUGUCAACCCGGAAGCUAAUCGGUAUACAUUUGUGCUGUUUUGUACUCCGUGGGCACGACCAUGCAAGCACGUGAGCGAAACGUGGGAUAUCUUCUCUAUUAGCCAAUCCAAAAAGAAGCUCCGUGAAAUCUUUACUGCAGCCCGUGUAGACGCAAAAAAGUACCCAGAGUUGGCAAAGCGAAUGGAGGUGAAUUCGUUUCCUACGCUGAAAUACUACACACCCGACUUUCCCGAUGGAUUGGAGUAUCAUGGCCAACGAGAGGUGGCAUUGCUAGAUAGUUUUGUGUUUCAGUUUUCGUAAAAAUGUAUAGAACUUGAAAUUAUGUGUUUAUUUUAUUCACUAUUGAUCGUAUUUUAUCAGAUUUCUAUAAUUGAGUGAUGUUAAUAUUCUUUUUUUGGAGUGAUUAUGAUGUCGUUUUACACUUUUAUUUAUCGUCUUCACGAAAUUUUUCUUUAUAAAUUUUCUGCAUUGUUUAGGCUCACUGCGUGCACGCUGAAUUCUAAAUACAGAAGAUGCAUAACUAAUCUGAAUUUUAUCUUCUACUAUUAGGUAAGGCGCUAUUCUACCUAUUAACUAAAA